CACUCUGAAGCCUCCCACAUUUUUCUUGGAACUGAAGUAGCAGCCAUCGGCGUUGCCGGCGCGUUCGCCGCCGCCACUGAUUGUGGGGCGAGGUGCCGCGUUCGCUCCUCUUGAAGUUAUGUCCACCAAUGGCGGCGGCGCAGCGCGUCCGCUCGGCCUUGGCAUCUCCCCACCCAAACCGGCGGCGCUGUUAUUCCUGCUCCUCCACUGUUCCCUGUUGGCCGCGUCUGCCACCACGGACACCAUCCUCCCCGGCAAGGGCAUCUCCGGGAACGAGACCCUGGUCUCCAAGAGCGGCGGCUUCGAGCUGGGCUUCUUUCCGCCGGGCCCCGGCAUCCACUACUUCCUGGGGGUCCGGUUCAGGAACAUGGCGGGGAACAGCCCCACCUUCUGGCUCGGGGACAGGGUCGUCAUCACCGACCUGCCCGCCGCGUCGCUGGAGAUCUUCGGCGACAGCCUCUACAUCAAGGAGAAUGGGGCCAGCCUCUGGUGGUCGCCUUCGCCGGGCGGCAAUGUGUCGUCCGCCGCCAUGGCGGUCCUCCUCGACAACGGCAACCUGGUGGUGAGGGACCAGGGGAACUCCUCCCUGGUCCUGUGGCAGAGCUUCGACUACCCCGGCGACGCGAUGCUCCCCGGCGCGAGGCUCGGGCUCGACCAGGACACCGGGAAGAACGUCUCGCUGACGUUCAAGAGCUUCUCGCACAACGGCAGCCUCAGCGUCGACGCGACCCGGAGGAACGGGUUCGUGCUCACCACCGACGGGCACGCCAACGGCGGCACUUUCCCGGACUGGAUGGUGUCCUCUCAAGACAACGGCAGCUCGCUGCUGCUGAAUCACCCGGAAACCGCGAACGGUACUGAGUUCUUGCAGUUCAAUCUGGGGCAAAUCAGCCUGAUGAGGUGGUCGGAGCAGGAUCCCGCCGCAAACGGCACCGGCGGCUGGGUCGCUCGCUGGUCCUUCCCUUCCGAUUGCAAAUCCGGCGGGUUCUUCUGCGGCGACUUCGGCGCCUGCACGGGCAGCGGGAAGUGCGGCUGCGUGGAUGGGUUCACGCCGUCGUACCCGAUUGAGUGGGGGCUUGGGUACUUCGUCACCGGCUGCUCGAGGUCUCUCCCGCUGAGCUGCGAGUCCGGCGGCCAGACGGAGCACGACGACUCCUUCGCCCCGUUGGACAAGCUGCAAGGGCUUCCUUACAACGCCCAGGACGAGGUGGCCGGAACCGACGAAGACUGCAGGGCGGCUUGCCGGAGCAAAUGCUACUGCAUCGCCUACUCGUAUGGCCAUGGAUGCAAGCUAUGGUACCACAACCUGUACAAUCUGAGCUUGGCCGCUAGGCCUCCGUACACCAAGAUCUACCUCCGUAUGGGCUCCAAGCUCAGGAACAAGAAAGGCUUGCAAACAAGAGGAAUAGUGUUAUUGGUAACUGGAUUCAUAGGCCUUGCUUCUUUGGUACUGAUAUCGGUGCUGCUAUGGAGAUUCAGGAGGGAUUCAUUUGGCACUGGUAAGUUUGAAGUAGAAGGCCCUCUUGCAGUCUACUCUUAUGGACAGAUCAAGAAAGCCACCAUGAAUUUCUCUGAUAAAAUCGGCGAGGGAGGAUUCGGAAGUGUUUUCAGGGGAACAAUACCGGGAUCAACUGCCAUCGCUGUGAAGGAUCUCAAAGUCCUCGGGCAAGCAGAGAAGCAAUUCAGGACAGAAGUUCAGACACUUGGGAUGAUCCAACACAGCAAUCUUGUUCGUCUCUUGGGAUUUUGCGUCAAAGCGAAAAGAAGGUUGCUGGUGUAUGAGUACAUGCGAAAUGGCUCUUUGGAAUGUCAUCUCUUUGCAGAGAAGUCUGGUCUGUUGAGUUGGAAUGUUCGGUACCAAAUUGCAUUAGGCAUCGCCAAGGGUCUCGCCUAUCUGCAUGAAGAAUGUGAGGACUGUAUCAUACACUGUGACAUCAAACCUGAGAACAUACUGCUUGAUGCAGAAUUCUGCCCCAAGAUUGCCGAUUUCGGUAUGGCGAAGCUGCUUGGACGAGAAUUCAACUCCGCACUGACCACCAUCCGAGGAACCAUGGGAUAUCUUGCGCCGGAGUGGAUAUCCGGGCUGCCGAUCACUAAGAAGGCUGAUGUGUACAGCUUCGGCAUUGUGCUCUUCGAGAUAAUCUCGGGGAGAAGGAGCACUGAGGUGGUGAAAUUUGGGAACCAUCGAUAUUUUCCGGUCUAUGCCGCUGCUCAGGUGAGCGAAGGGGAGGUUCUGUGCCUGCUGGAUGCUAGGCUGGAAGGAGAUGCUAAUGUGAAGGAGCUGGAUGUCACCUGCAGGGUUGCCUGCUGGUGCAUCCAGGACGAAGAGAAUGACAGGCCGUCAAUGGGGCAAGUUGUUCGCAUGUUGGAAGGUGUCCUAGACACUGAGAUGCCCCCUAUUCCAGCUUCGUUUCAGAACCUUAUGGAGGGUGAUAACAGUGUUAUAUAUUCUGAUUUCUGAAGUACGUAGGUUGCUAGGGAAUUAGUCACUUGUUGCUGAGUUGUGAUCAGUAUCUGUGUUCUAAUUUUUUUUCCAGUUCCAAAGUAUAAGCUCUCUACUGAAAUAACCCGUUUUAUGCACGUCA